CGGAGUCUCCGAUGUUAGCCUUUUUACUCAUUGUUCUGAGUAUCAUCCUACCGCAGUUGAGGUGAGGCAUAGGGAACAAAGUAUAUCGGUGGAAAAGUCUGUUUGUGGACCUGCGUAGACUUGGAAUAUUCGAAACAACUUCUUGUAUUUUGACAGGACUUCUCCAUUGUUGUUGGUUUGAGCCCAGGAGGCCACCAUGGAAAUGCAGAUGGGCAAUGAGGGGAGGGGGAAGGUGAAAGAGUGGCAGCAGACCUACUAUGCCGGGGACUCUGGGAUCCAGUCAGGAGCCACCACAGUGAGGACCGAUGACGACGGGACCGAGUACAGCACCAAGCAGUACAGCACCGUCACCACCACCGUCAUCUCAGAGAACCCUGCUGAAGUGGAGUCUCAGUAUGCCCUGACCCGGGCCCAGCGUGUCCGAGCGGCCAUGUUCCCAGAGACGGUGAUGGAGGGCACGACCAUCCUGUCCACCCAGACUGACCCGUCCCAGAUGACCAACGUCCAACGGCUGGCCGAGCCCUCGCAGCUCCUCAAGACGGCCAUCGUCCACCUCAUCAACUACCAGGACGACGCCGAGUUGGCCACUCGCGCCAUCCCCGAGCUCACCAAGCUGCUCAACGAUGAGGACCAGGUACAGUACUGUCAUUCAUCGAUGUUAUUUACCACCAGUAAUCACACUUUCCCCAUAAACCUAACCCAUCUCUACCCCUCCUUCCCAUUAGGUGGUAGGGCCAUGCAGAACACCGGGGACAUGGAGACAGCCCGGGCUACAGCCAGCAUCCUCCACAACCUGUCCCACCAGAGAGAGGGCCUGCUCUCCAUCUUCAAGUGUGGGGGCAUCCCUGCCCUGGUCCGCAUGCUCAGUUCUCCCAUGGAGUCUGUGCUGUUCUAUGCCAUCACCACCCUCCACAACCUGCUACUGCACCAGGAGGGAGCCAAGAUGGCGGUGCGCCUGGCCGACGGCCUGCAGCGAAUGGUGCCUCUGCUGAAGAAGAGCAACCCCAAGUUCCUGGCCAUCACCACCGACUGCCUGCAGCUGCUGUCCUACGGCAACCAGGAGAGCAAGCUGAUCAUCCUGGCUAACAGUGGUCCGGAGGGCCUGGUCCACAUCAUGAGGAACUACAGCUAUGAGAAGCUCCUGUGGACCACCAGCCGUGUGCUCAAAGUGCUCUCUGUCUGCCCCAGCAAUAAACCUGCCAUCGUGGAUGCUGGUGGGAUGCAGGCUCUGGGGAUGCACCUGACAGGUUCCAGUCAGCGUCUGAUGCAGAACUGUCUGUGGACCCUGAGGAACCUGUCGGACGCUGCCACUAAACAGGAGGGGCUGGACAGUCUUCUUCAGACUCUCGUUGGUCUCCUGAGCUCUGACGACGUCAACAUUCUCACCUGCUCCACUGGCAUCCUCUCCAACCUCACCUGCAACAACGCUCGCAACAAGGCCAUGGUCACCCAGAGCAACGGCAUCGAGGCGCUCAUCCACGCCGUCCUGAGGGCGGGAGAGAAGGAGGAUGUGGCGGAGCCGGCUGUGUGCGCCCUGCGUCACCUGACGUCGCGCCACUCUGACGCCGAGGUGGCCCAGAAUGCCGUGCGCAUGCAUUAUGGCAUUCCUGCGAUUGUCAAGCUGCUCAACCAGCCCUACUACUGGCCUGUCAUCAAGGCUGUGGUUGGUCUGAUCCGUAACCUGGCACUGUGCCCAGACAACCAGACCCCUCUGAGGGACGCGGGGGCCAUCCCCCGCCUGGUCAAUCUGCUGCUCAAAGCCCACCAGGACGCCCAGAAACACGGCUCCGCCGCACAACAGACAUACCAGGAUGGCGUGAGGAUGGAAGAGAUCGUGGAGGGGUGCACAGGGGCCCUGCACAUCAUGGCCAGAGACCCCAUCAACAGGGGAGAGAUCGCCAGCAUGCAGACCAUCCCACUCUUUGUACAGCUGCUGUACUCUCCAGUGGAGAACGUGAAGCGCGUGUCAGCGGGGGCUCUGUGUGAGCUGGCCCUGGACAAACAGUCUGCGGAGAUGAUCGACGCAGAGGGAGCCUCCGCGCCGCUCAUGGAGCUGCUGCACUCCAACAACGAGGGCAUCGCCACCUACGCUGCCGCCGUUCUCUUCCGCAUCUCCGAGGACAAGAGCUCAGACUACAAGAAGCGUGUGUCCGUGGAGCUCACGCACUCUCUGUUCAAGCACGACCCCGCCGCCUGGGAAAUGGCCCACAAUGCUGUCCCCAUGGAGUCCGGCUAUGCAGCAGACGAGCUGGACGCAGGCUACCACCAAUAUGGAGACUACCCUGGUGACAUGCCCAUGGAUGGAGAGAUGGGGAUGUCCGAUGUUGAAUACCAAGGCGGUGGCGGCGGCAUGACCUACGACAUGAGGCAACCGGGAUAUGCUGAGCGCUACUAGGACAACGGCACUGAAGGGAUGAGAGAUGGGGGGGAGCAGCAGCAGAAGAAGAGGAGAGAAGCGGG